AGCAUUUGGAAAAUGUGUUUCGUUUCUUGUAAAAGAGAUUAAAAACAAGUCCUGCAGGAUUUGCUAGGCCGUGACAGAGUGAAUGUUUAUGGACAUGGCAGACUCUGCCUAGUGUUAAACCCGUAUUGAUCAUUCGCUAAAUUUCUAUGCGCCCAAAUCUAUUCUAUAGGAAAAAAGGAAAUAGGUCUACACUUUAUGGAUUUGGUGCAGAUGAGCCUACCCUGCGUGCACCAGCAGUCGCGGGUAACGUUGCUACCAACCAUGGUAUGCCAAAUCCUGGUAUUAUGGUUGUGUCUCAACCUGCCUACAGCAAACUCAGCUAUCCAUUCCCUGAAGUAUUUCUACACAGCGCUCCCACAAUCUACUGGCCUUCCAGAGUUCAGCGCUGUUACUUAUCUGGAUGAGGAACCAAUUUAUUUCUACGACAGUUCUACAAAGGAAGUGGUAGCUCGACAGGAGUGGGUAAAAGAAGCCGUGGAUCCAGACUUCUGGAGAAGAAAUACACAAAUUCUUAAGGAGACUGAGAAGGUGUUCAAAAACAACAUGGCGACUGCAAGAGAUCGCUUCAACCAGACAAGUGCCCGUACAUUGCAGUUAAUGUACAGCUGUGAGUGGGUUGAGGAAACUGGUGCUACAGAGGGACAUGAACAGUAUGGAUAUGGAGGAGAGGACUUCUUGUUAUUUGAUCUGAAGAAUGAAAGAUGGAUUGCACCUGUUCGGCAGGGACACAUCACCAAAAUAAAGUGGGAUGCUAAUGUUCCUAAACUUAAAGCCAAAAUUCACUAUCUAAACCACACAUGUAAUGAAUGGCUGAACAAAUAUGUUUCCAAUCGGAGACGCUUGCUGCAGAGGACAGUCCCACCGCAGGUAACUUUGCUUCAGAAAGAACCCUUCUCUCGUGUGACCUGCCAUGCAACGGGCUUCUAUCCGCACGCAAUCAUGAUAUUUUGGAGAAGAGAUGGGGUAGAAGUCCAUGAUGAUGUGGUGCAUGAAGAGACCCUGCCUAACGGGGAUGGGACGUAUCAGAAGAGAACCCAUCUCACUGUGUCCCCUGAAGACCUACAGAAGAACGACUACAAAUGCACUGUCAAACACAGUGGCAAUGAUGUGGUGCUGUCUGCUAACGGGGACAGCAUUCCUAGCAACAGCAGGAAUACUCAGGGGGUCUCCCUCAUCAUCAUUGUCUUGAUAUUGGCCUUCAGUGUGAUUGUGCUUGUCUUCAUGAGAAUGAGGGACUGCAAAGGAAAAGAACCAACAGCUGGAAAGGAAAAACAAUGUCCAAUAAGUCCCCUGGAGAAGAAUGUUCUUCUGCUCAACAAUUGUGAAUUUUGUUCAGGAAAGUUCAGGAUGAAUGUUUUCAUAUUUAAGGUUCCGACAGAAGCAGAACAAUUUCCUCAAGCUCUUCUGGCGGCUCUGAUGACUCUGGAGACUCUACAACUCCUCUUGUCAAGAAACUCUAGGUCGACUGCAGUUGGAGUGCUGUCUUCUUUUUUGUUUCGGGACUCUGGAGUAAACUCCCUGGCUAUUUUAAUUGAAUGUUCAAAUUUGACUUUGUGUGUUGUAGUGUACAACUUCAACUAUAACGAAUAUAUGCUCUAUUGAUC